AUGUGCAAAAAUUCGUCUAAACAUGAAGUGAACUGUAAAAAAUUACAAAAUCAGCCUAAGCUUACAUCUUUGUUAGCAUCAACAUCAAAAUUGCAACAACCUCAGCAGAUGGCAAAGGCUGGUGAAAUAAAACUGGCUUGUUUUGUUGCAGAACAUAAUAUUGCAGUUAAUGUUGCCUCCCAUCUGACAAAAUUAGUUAAAUCAGUGUACCCAGACUCAAAAAUUGCUGAAAGUUUGUCUAUGAGCCGAACAAAAACUCGAGCUAUCGUUGUAAAUGUGACAGGAAAAACGGCUGAAGAAAACUUGAUACAAAACUUAAAAGAAAAUUAUUUUUCAUUAUUGGUAGAUGAGAGUACCGAUAAGUCGGCAAUUAAGCAUUUAGCUUUAAUAGCUAGGGUAGUCAACACAAAUUACGAAGUAGAAGAUAAGUUUCUGACUUUGAUACCAAUCGCCGAAGGAUCAGCUAAAGUUUUGUAUGAUAAAACUAUCGAAUAUUUCAACGAGAAAGGAAUCCCGUACAAAGAAAAUAUGUUAGGAUUUGCGUCCGAUGGCGCCAAUGUAAUGUUUGGAUCAAAUAACUCGAUGGUUACUCAUUUGAAAAACGAUAUACCCAAUCUUUUCACCAUGAAAUGCAUAUGCCACUCGUUUGCACUUUGCGCAUCGUAG